GAUGCCCAGACAGUUUCCAAAGCUGAACAUCUCUGAGGUUGAUGAGCAUGUGCGACUUCUAGCAGAGAAGGUAUUUGCUAAAGUUCUCCGAGAAGAAGACAGCAAAGAUGCCUUGUCGCUAUUCACCGUGCCUGAAGACUGCCCUAUUGGGCAGAAAGAGGCCAAGGAAAGGGAACUGCAGAAGGAACUGGCAGAACAACAGUCUGUGGAAACAGCUAAAAGGAAGAAAAGUUUCAAGAUGAUUCGAUCCCAGUCCUUGUCGUUACAAAUUCCGACUCAGGAAUGGAAAGCACCAUCAGCCAAUCCUGUUCUGUCUCCUGCAACGCCAGUUCUUCCAAGUGCUUUUCUGCCAGUGCAAGUGCCAUAUGAUGUACCAGAGUUUCAGAGAGUUUCAAUUAGUGGGGACUACUGUGCAGGGGUUACAGUUGAUGAUUAUGAACAAGCUGCCAAGAGCCUGGUGAAAGCUCUUCUCAUUCGAGAAAAGUAUUCACGUCUUGCCUACCAUCGUUUCCCAAGAACAACAUCUCAGUAUUUGUGUAGCAUGCAAGAUGAAAAAUGGAAGGUUGAAGAUGAAGUGUAUCCAGAUUUCCAUUCGCCCCCAGAAGAAAAUGAAGAUCCUUACAAUCUUGAUGAUGCUCCAGACAAUUUGGAUUAUGUUAUCAAGAUAAAAGGUGGCAUUCCCUUUGUUUAUGAUAACAAAGAAAUGAUGGAACUCAAUGAGCCUCGGAGUCUGCCAUAUCCUGACCUGGAGACCUAUACCCUUGACCUGAGCCACGUUCUUGCUCUAAUUGCAGAUGGUCCAACAAAAACAUAUUGUCAUCGGAGGCUUAACUUUUUAGAAUCUAAAUUUAGUUUACAUGAGAUGUUAAAUGAAAUGUCGGAAUUUAAAGAACUAAAGAGUAAUCCCCAUCGAGACUUUUAUAAUGUGAGAAAGGUUGAUACUCAUAUCCAUGCUGCUGCUUGCAUGAACCAGAAACACUUACUGAGGUUUAUUAAGCACACGUAUCAAACGGAGCCCGACAGGAUUGUUGCAGAGAAAAAAGGCAAGAAGAUGACUUUAAAGCAAGUCUUCGAAAGCCUUCACAUGGACCCUUAUGACCUCACUGUAGACUCUUUAGAUGUCCAUGCAGGUCGUCAAACAUUUCAUCGAUUUGACAAAUUCAAUUCCAAGUACAACCCAGUUGGUGCCAGUGAGCUGAGGGACUUGUAUUUGAAAACUGAGAACUACAUUGGUGGUGAAUAUUUUGCUCGUAUGGUCAAGGAAGUAGCCCGUGAACUAGAAGAAAGUAAGUACCAGUAUACAGAACCCCGCUUAUCCAUUUAUGGACGGUCUCCAGAUGAAUGGCUGAACUUGGCAAAAUGGUUCAUUAAGCAUAAAGUUUAUUCCCCUAAUAUGCGCUGGAUAAUUCAGGUUCCCAGAAUCUAUGACAUAUUUAGGUCAAAAAAUAUUCUGCCUAGUUUUGGGAAGAUGUUGGAGAACAUCUUUGUACCUUUGUUUGAAGCAACAAUCAAUCCCAAAGACCACAAAGAAUUGCACCUUUUCCUCAAAUAUGUGACUGGCUUUGACAGUGUUGAUGAUGAAUCCAAACAUAGUGGCCAUAUGUUCUCUGACAAGAGCCUUAACCCUGACCUCUGGACCAGUGAGAAGAAUCCCCCGUAUAGCUAUUAUUUGUAUUAUAUGUAUGUGAACAUCAUGUUGCUAAACAACCUUAGGAGAACAGUGUAUUUUUUGUUACUGGAACUGGAAAGAGGCAUGUGUACUUUCCUGUUUCGACCUCACUGUGGAGAAGCUGGGUCUAUCACACACCUUGUAUCAGCCUUUCUGACAGCAGACAACAUUUCUCAUGGAUUGCUCUUGAAGAAGAGUCCUGUCCUCCAGUAUCUUUAUUAUCUUGCACAAAUACCAAUUGCUAUGUCUCCACUUAGUAACAACAGCCUAUUCCUGGAGUACUCAAAAAAUCCACUACGGGAAUUUCUACAUAAGGGGCUUCAUGUCUCUCUGUCCACAGAUGAUCCUAUGCAGUUUCAUUAUACAAAGGAAGCUCUCAUGGAAGAAUAUGCUAUUGCAGCCCAGGUGUGGAAACUAAGUACCUGUGACUUGUGUGAAAUAGCACGAAACAGCGUACUACAGAGUGGAUUGUCAGAUAAGGAAAAACAGAAAUUCUUAGGGGUGAAUUACUGUAAAGAAGGGCCUGAGGGAAAUGACAUUCGAAAGACAAAUGUUGCACAGAUCCGGAUGGCCUUCAGGUACGAGACACUGUGCAAUGAACUUAGUUUCCUGUCUGAUGCUAUGAGAACAGAAGAGAUUUCUACUCUGUCAAAGUAG